AUGGAUGUUGUUGCUGUGACGUGGAUGCUGUUGUUACUCAGUGGAUGCUGCUACAGUCGUCCCCACGAAGACGAGUUUUAUUUUGGGACGUUCCCGGAUGACUUUGUGUGGAGCACAGCCACAGCUGCCUAUCAGAUAGAAGGAGCGUGGCGAGACGAUGGGAAAGGUGCGAGCAUCUGGGACAUGUACGUGCGUCGCCCUGGCAACAUCGACGACGGCAGUACUGGGGACAUCGCGUGCGACAGCUACCACAAAUACAAGGAAGAUGUGCAGCUGCUGAAAUCACUGGGGGUAUCCCACUACCGGUUCUCUAUAUCCUGGCCGCGGGUGAUGCCUUCUGGUAGAAACGACACCAUCAACAGCCUUGGUUUGGAGUACUACAACAACCUGAUUGACGAGCUGCUGGCUAACGGUAUCCAGCCCAUGGUGACCCUCUACCACUGGGACCUCCCGGAGAGUCUGGAAGAACAUGGUGGCUGGUUAAACGAGGACACGGCGGAGCUGUUCACGGAGUAUGCCAGGUUGUGUUUCCAGUCGUUCGGGGACAGGGUCAAGUUCUGGAUCACUCUCAACGAGCCCUGGGUUGUCGCCUGGCACGGUUAUGGGAUUGCAGAGAAGGCUCCAGGGCGAUGGGGACCUGGGACGUACACCUACAUCGCCGGUCACAACCUCAUCAAGGCCCACGUAAACGCCUACCACCUCUACGACAAGGCCUUCAGACCCACACAGAAAGGAACAGCAGAUUUCCUUGGGUUGAACUACUACACCUCUGUCCUGGCGACGCCCCGGGAGCAGCCCUAUGAUCCCCCGAGAUACGACACGGACCAGGACGUGGAGCAAUCAGUGGACCCUACAUGGCCAAAAUCCGGGUCCUCCUGGUUAUUCUACACGCCCAAAGGUGCACGUGAGGUAUUGAACUGGAUAAAGGACACUUACAGAAACAUAUCCGUCUACGUGACGGAAAACGGUGUCUCCGACAGAAACGGCAGUCUUCACGACUUCUACAGAAUCAACUACUACAGGGACUACUUGGACGAGAUGCUUAAAGCUGUCCGACUUGACGGCUGUAACCUCAAAGGUCAUACAUCCUGGUCCCUCAUGGACAACUUCGAGUGGGCUCGUGGAUAUUCGGAGAAAUUCGGUUUACAUUACGUAGAUUUCGACGACCCUUCUCGGCCACGAAUUCCCAAAGACUCAGCGCGGUAUCUCGCCAGCGUCAUUGCAGAUAACGGCUUUAAGAAGGGUUACCACCUGCCUGGAGGCAAGGCAACGGGAACUGUUGAGUAUGAAAAAACAUUUUUGUACGGAACUUUCCCAGAUGACUUUGUAUGGGCUGUGUCCACUGCUGCGUAUGAGAUUGAAGGCGGAGCCAAGGAAGAUAACAAAUCCGAGAGUAUCUGGGACGUGUUCAGCCACACACCCGGCCGCGUGUCCGACGGGUCGACGGGGGACGUUGCUACCGACAGCUACCACAAAUACAAGGAUGACGUUCAGCUGUUGAAGGAGCUUAAAGUGACGCACUACAGGUUUUCCAUCUCCUGGCCGCGCGUGCUGCCGUCAGGUGGGAGGGACAGUAGGAACCAGCUGGGCGUGGCCUACUACAACAACCUAAUAGACGAACUUCGUAGUAACCAGAUUCAGCCAAUCGUUGUCCUCUUCAUUUGGGAUCUCCCAGAAGUCCUCGAACAACAUGGCGGCUGGCUUAAUACCUCCACUGUGGACCUAUUUGUGGAUUAUGCCAGGUUUUGUUUUGAGACAUUUGGAGACCGGGUGAAGACGUGGAGUACGAUGAGUGAGUCGGUCAACUUUGCUAAAUACGGCUACGAGCGGGGGGAACUAGCUCCCGGGAAGACACUGGCAGGGGUGGGCGGAUACACCGUCAUCAGGAACCUGGUUCUGGCCCACGCCAAGACUUACAGGAUGUAUAAAGCUGAUUUCAAGAACCAGAAAGGUGGGCAAGUUGGCAUCAGCAUCAGUUUCGACUGGAUGGAACCCGUGAACCCCGACAACGUGGCUGACAUCGAUGCCUCCGUUAGAGCCAUGCAGUUCACGGGGGGUCUAGCUGCUGAACCCAUAUUUGGAAGCGGCCAGUUCCCGGAAGUCGUGAUGUCACAGGUAGAGAAGCGAUGUCGGGAGAGGAACGUCACCAACUGUGACCGUCUUGUGUCCUUCACGAAGCAGGAGCAAGCCAUCAUCAAAGGUGAGAACGCCAGUAAACUUCAAGGUGCCCAGGUGAGAACGCCAGUAAACUUCAAGGUGCCCAGUCCCGUGACGAAUGGCAUGACCGACUUCCGGGUGGCUCCACUGGGCAUGCGCAAAACACUGAACUGGAUCAAGAGCCGCUACAACAAUAUCCCAGUGUACAUCACAGAGAACGGCAUCCCUGACACAACUGGCGACAUCCACGACGACACCAGGGUAGAUUAUCACCGAGACUACGUCGACGAAGUACUGAAAGCGAUGACCUUUGAUGGGUGCAAUGUCAAGAGCUACUCAGUCUGGACCCUCAUGGACAACUUCGAGUGGACAUACGGAUACUCCAUGAAGUUCGGCCUCUUCAGUGUCAACCUCUCCGACCCCCAGCUACGCAGACAGGCCAAAACAUCGGCUCGGUGGUACUCGCAGCUUAUAGAGGACAAUGGUUUCAAACACGGGUACAGAGGACUCGGAGGAUGGGGCGCUGCGCCAGAAUAUGAGGACGAGUUCUUCUACGGCACGUUCCCAGAAGGCUUUGCGUGGAGUGCUGCUACCGCCAGUUACCAGGUUGAGGGAGCCUUCAACGAAGACGGCAAGGGGCCAAGCAUCUGGGACACCUUCACAAGCAUACCCGGCAACAUCGACAACGGCGACACUGGCCGAGUCUCAUGCGACAGCUACCACAAUUACAAGGAAGAUGUCCGCAUGCUUUCACACCUGGGGGUGACGCACUACCGAUUUUCUAUCGCCUGGUCACGUGUUCUACCACACGGAACGCCUGACAUCGUGAACCAGAAGGGCAUCGACUACUACAACAACCUGAUUGACGAGCUGCUGGCUGUGGACAUCACGCCGAUGAUCUCCCUGUACCACUGGGAUCUCCCCCAAGCUCUUCAGGAUCGUGGAGGCUGGUUAAACGAAUCUAUCACUGAACACUUCAAACUGUAUGCCGAGUUGUGCUUCCGGAUGUUUGGAGAUAGGGUGAAGUACUGGUUCACCUUCAAUGAACCAUGGGUUGUCUCAUACAUGGGUCACGGUACGGGAGAAAUGGCCCCUGGGUUGAAGGAACCGGCGACCUACCCCUACAUCGUCGCCCACAACAUCAUCAAGUCUCACGCCAAGGCGUACCACCUCUACAACGACGACUUUAGGAAAACGCAGAAAGGUCACGUGGGUAUUGUCUUGAACAUAAACUUCGUAGGGCCACGUGACCCGCUAAGUCUUGGCGACAUCCAGGCGUCUGAGCGCGGGAUGUUGUUCGCCCUGGGCUGGUUCUCGGACCCAAUAUUCGGGGAUGGAGAUUACCCAGAGUAUAUGAAGAACAUUAUCCGAGAUCUGAGCAGAGCAGAAAAUCGCACUACUUCCAGACUGCCCGUCUUUACACCGGAGGAAAUCGCAAAAAAUAAAGGGUCGGCUGACUUCUAUGGGAUGAACAUGUACACAGCAGACGAGGCGUGGUCUGCUACUGGUGUCCCCUCCCCUCCCAGCUACUCCACCGACAGCCUCGUACACACGGCCAAGAACCCCGCCUGGCUGGGGUCUGGCUCCUCCUGGCUCAAGGUCACACCGUUUGCCAUGCGGAAAACUCUAAACUGGUUCCGGAACCGCUACGGUGAUGUCCCGAUCUAUGUAACUGAAAACGGUGUGUCGGACAGAAAUGGAAGCCUCGAUGACACAUACCGUAUUUCUUACUAUCGGGCGUAUAUUAACGAGGCACUGAAAGCUUCGCAGCUUGACGGGGUCAAUGUCAAAGGUUACACGGCUUGGUCCCUCAUGGACAACUUCGAGUGGGCUCGGGGAUAUUCGGAAAAAUUCGGCCUGUACUCAGUCAAUUUCUCCGACCCAGCAAGGCCAAGGACACCGAAGGCCUCAGCUGCUUUUUACCACGACGUCAUCAAGGACAAUGGUUUCGUGAAAGGGUCAAGGACGGAUCCGAACGUGCCAUCAUUUCUUCCGUUUGAAAAUGAGACGUUGUAUGGGUCGUUCCCUGCAGGCUUCUCAUGGGGUGCGGCGAGCUCUGCCUUCGGGGUAGAGGGGGCAUGGGAUGAAGGUGGACGAACAGAAAGUGUAAUUGAUGAAUAUUCCCACGCGGGUCACACCCCUGAUAACUCCACAGGGGAUGUUGCGGCUGACAGUUACCACAGAUACAUUGAAGAUGUGGGUGCUCUCAAGGCCGUCAAGGCUCAACACUAUGUGUUCGGGGUGUCUUGGUCGCGCAUCAUGACCCCGUCACGCGCCAUCAACCAGAACGGAGUGGGCUACUACAACGACUUGAUCGACUCCCUCAUAGACGCCGGCGUCCGCCCUGUGGCUACCCUACAUUACUGGGACCUCCCACUGUGGCUGGCUGACAACGGCGGCUGGACCAACGACACGACCGUCGACGUCUAUGUGGAGUAUGCAGCCACGUGCUUUCAACAGUUUGGAGACAGGGUUAAAACGUGGAUAACAUUCAACAAGCCCUACCAGGCGGCCUUUAAGUACGGUGCUGACGGCUACAGGGCCGUGCUUAACAUGCUGCGGGCGAACGCCGCCGCCUACAGGCUGUACCAGGGGAGUUACAGAACACUACAGAAAGGAAAGGUCGGCAUCUCGGUGUCCGCGACGUGGACCGAGCCGGCUGACCCUCACGAUCCCGCCGACGUUGAGGCGUCGGACAGAAACAUGGACUUUGACCUCGGUCUGAUGAUGGACCCUAUAUUUAGCACGGGGAAUUCCAGCAUCAGUCUCCCAGGCAUGGACGAGCAUGAUCGACGACAAAUAGAAGGAACGGCAGAUUUUCUGGGAGUAGACGUGUACGUGACACCACGUGUACAGAACGUGGACGUCCACACACCACAUGGCGGGGGGAUACAAGAGGAUAAACACCUGAUGCUGUUGCUGAAUCCCGAGUAG